AUGCUUCCUCUGACUGGGAAAACAAUCAUAUUUGAUAGCUUUCCCGACCCCUCAGAUACCUGGGAAAUAAUUGAGACUAUUGGCAAAGGAACAUAUGGAAAAGUUUUCAAAGUAUUAAAUAAGAAAAAUGGCAGCAAAGCAGCAGUCAAAAUCUUGGAUCCUGUUCACGAUAUUGAUGAAGAAAUUGAAGCUGAGUACAACAUUUUGAAAGCUCUCUCUGAUCAUCCCAAUGUAGUCAAAUUCUAUGGCAUGUACUAUAAGAAAGAUGUGAAAAAUGGAGACCAGCUUUGGCUUGUUCUUGAGCUGUGCAAUGGUGGAUCUGUGACUGAUCUUGUGAAAGGGUUUCUGAAGAGAGGUGAAAGGAUGAAUGAACUUAUAAUUGCUUACAUUUUACGUGAAGCUCUGAUGGGACUUCAGCAUUUGCAUGAAAACAAAACUAUCCACCGUGAUAUUAAAGGAAAUAAUAUCCUUUUGACCACUGAAGGAGGAGUCAAGCUUGUGGAUUUUGGUGUGUCUGCUCAGCUGACCAGCACCCGUCUCCGCCGGAACACCUCCGUGGGCACCCCGUUCUGGAUGGCUCCAGAGGUGAUUGCCUGUGAGCAGCAGCUAGAUAGCUCCUAUGAUGCCAGAUGUGAUGCAUGGUCACUGGGUAUUACUGCAAUAGAGUUGGGAGAUGGGGAUCCACCCCUUGCUGAUUUGCACCCUAUGAGGGCACUCUUCAAAAUACCAAGGAAUCCUCCUCCAACGCUACAGCAGCCUGAACUGUGGUCAUCCGAAUUCAAUGACUUCAUUAACAAGUGCUUGACUAAAGAUUAUGAGAAGCGCCCAACAGUAUCUAGUCUUUUGCAGCAUGAUUUUAUUAAGCAAAUUGAAGGAAAGGAAAACGUGCUACAAAGACAACUCAUGGAAUUUAUCGAUGUUCAUCAACAAAUGGGAGUCACUGAAAAGGCAAGGUUUGAACGUAUUCAUACAAAGAAAGGGAACUACAGUAAGUCACUAGUUUCAAACCAAGAGGAGGUAGAUGAUUUAGCUACCUUGGAGGUACUGGAUGAGAAUACAGUAACAGAGCAGUUGCAGAAGGGUUAUGCCAAGGAUCAAAUCUAUGCAUAUGUUGGGGACAUUCUCAUCGCUGUCAAUCCAUUUCGGAACGUAGACAUUUAUUCUUCACAGCAUUCCAAACUGUAUAUUGGAGCUAAACGGACUGCCAACCCUCCUCAUAUUUUUGCUGUUGCUGAUAUAGGUUAUCAGUCCAUGGUGACAUACAACUCCGAUCAGUGUAUUGUAAUUUCUGGAGAAAGUGGAGCCGGCAAGACACAAAGUGCCCAUCUUCUAGUUCAGCAGCUCACUGUCCUGGGAAAGGCUAAUAACAGGACACUACAGGAGAAGAUCCUCCAGGUGAAUAACCUUGUAGAAGCAUUUGGAAAUGCAGGCACUAUCAUCAAUGAUAACUCCAGUAGAUUUGGAAAAUACUUGGAAAUGAAAUUCACUUGUGGUGGCACUGUAGUAGGAGCUCAGAUUUCAGAGUACCUCCUUGAAAAAUCCAGGGUUGUCCACCAGGCAGUAGGAGAGAAAAAUUUCCAUAUUUUUUAUUAUAUUUAUGCUGGUCUGGCAGAAAAGAAAAAACUGGCACAUUACAAAUUGCCAGAAUAUAGACCUCCCAGAUAUCUGCAAAAUGAUCAUUUCAGAAUAGUGCAAGAUUUUAUGAACAAUAGCUUUUAUAAGUCUCAGUUCGAAUUAAUUGAACAGUGCUUCAAAGUCAUAGGUUUUACACUGGAGGAACUUGGAAGUGUGUACAGUGUUCUGGCUGCCAUUUUAAAUGUGGGUAACAUUGAAUUUUCUGCAGUGGUAUCUGAACAUAUGAUUGACAAGAGCAACAUUUCCAAUCUAGUAGCCCUUGAGAACUGUGCAUCCUUGCUGUGUAUUCAGGCAGAUGAACUGCAAGAGGCACUUACCUCUCACUGCGUAGUAACUCGAGGAGAAACAAUUAUUCGUCCCAACACUGUGGAAAAAGCCACUGAUGUCAGAGAUGCCAUGGCCAAAGCACUCUAUGGGCGCCUCUUUAGCUGGAUAGUCAAUCGCAUCAACACUCUUCUCAAACCCGAUAAACAUUUAAGUGGAAAUGAUGAUGGUUUGAACAUUGGAAUUCUUGAUAUCUUUGGCUUUGAGAAUUUCAAAAAAAAUUCUUUUGAACAACUCUGUAUCAACAUUGCAAAUGAACAAAUUCAGUUCUACUUCAACCAACAUGUCUUUGCCUGGGAACAGAAUGAGUAUUUAUAUGAAGGUGUUGAUGCAAGAGUUAUAGAAUAUGAAGACAACAGACCACUCUUAGAUAUGUUCCUGCAGAAACCAAUGGGUUUAUUAUCCCUGCUGGAUGAGGAAAGUCGAUUCCCACAAGCAACAGAUCAGACACUUGUAGAAAAAUUUGAAGACAAUUUGAAGUCAAAGUAUUUUUGGAGACCCAAAAGAGUAGAUCUAACCUUUGGGAUUUAUCAUUAUGCAGGAAAGGUUCUGUAUAAUGCGAGUGGAUUCCUAGCCAAAAACAGAGAUACCCUGCCAGCUGAUAUUGUGCUGCUACUGCGAUCAUCUGAAAACAAUCUGAUACGACAGUUGGUAACCCACCCUCUUACAAAAACAGAAUCUAUACAGAAUGGAGCCCCUGCCGUCUCAAGCUGCAGGGGAGGGACUGGUCUGGUCAAGUGCGAAGGAAGUGGUAGAGGCUUCUUUCAGGGUCCCCUCUUCAGGUUAGGGGCACGGGACAGGGAGUGGAGUGCAUCACUUUUGUUGAGGACUGAACAGAAAGGAUCAGGUAACCUGGCACACAGUAAAAGCAAAACUACAAUCAGUUACCAGAUGUGGACCCCCCAGAAAUCAAUCAGUCAUACGAAGAAUGAAGCAGGAGAUACCGGACAUCAUCCAAGAGAGACAACCAGUAUGAAAACACAGACAGUUGCUUCUUAUUUUAGAUAUUCCCUGAUGGAUUUGUUAUCCAAAAUGGUCGUUGGCCAGCCUCAUUUUGUCAGGUGCAUCAAGCCAAACAAUGAUCGGCAGGCAAACAAGUUUGAUAAAGAAAAAGUGCUGGUUCAGCUGCGUUACACCGGAAUUCUGGAGACAGCAAGGAUUCGAAGACAGGGUUAUUCACACCGCAUACUCUUUGCUAACUUCAUAAAACGGUAUUAUCUCAUCUGUUACAAAACAAAUGAUGAUCCUCCAGUCAGCCCGGAAACCUGUGCUGCCAUCUUGGAAAAAGCUCACCUGGACAACUGGGUUCUUGGAAAAACUAAAGUGUUCCUCAAAUACUAUCACGUGGAGCAGCUGAAUUUAAUGCGAAAGGAGACAGUUGACAUGAUUAUUUUGAUUCAGGCUUAUGUCAGAGGGUGGCUGGUGUCAAGGAGAUACAAAAAGAUAAAGGAACAAAGGGAACAAAGUGCUAUUAAAAUACAGUCAGCUUACAGGGGUUUUGUUGCUCGUAAAGAAUACACAAAAGCAAAACGUAAUCAAAAAAUGGAAAAAUACAUUGUUAGACUUCAAGCAAUUGCCAGAGGAUACUUACUCAGGAAGAAGAGGAAAGAACUAACUGGGGCAAGGAACAAAGCAGCAACAGUAAUUCAGUCUCACUACAGGGGAUAUAAGGAGAGGAAGAACUUCAAAAAGAGGAGGGAAUCACUUAGAAAGAAACAAACUGAAAAUGCAUCGUCCUUUAGUGAAAAGGAAAAGGAUGAAGAACCUCAAGAUAAUGAGGAAAGUCCAGCUGGAGUGAAGAGUGCCCUUCCAAAAACAGAGGAAGAAGCAGCUAUUAUUGUUCAGAGCAAUUACAGAGGCUACAGAGCCCGUAAAAAAAUAAAGGAACAGUGUAAAAAUAUAGGAGAGGAAGAAUUAUCUGCUGUCGAAUACCUUGAAGCACAACUGCAGCCACUUCAAAAUGUUAUACUAGAAGAAGCAGUGAAUGAGGAGAUUCAAGAUGAAGGUGAUGCUGUUACUGAUAGUGAGUGCGCUAGAGAUGGCGACAUAGGGAAUGUACAGGAGCAAAAGAAAAUGCCUACUAAAGAAGAGACAGUUUCCAUGAAGCAGAACCCUGCAGUAGAGCAUGCUGGUGAAGGUGAAGACCAGGCGUCUUUGGAAGAGUCAUCCAGCAAAGCUUCUGUCAAAAUCACAGCUGAACCUGAUCUCCAGCAAGGGCAAACUAACCAAGACACACUCAGUGCAGAUGGGCAAAAUCAAGAAUCUGCUGUGGUCCAGCCCAAGACCAAUGGGGAUGUGGAAAGAAACCAUGUGAAACAUGAAGUGAUGAUGCCUAGAGAAUGUAAAGGAAUUAUAAGAAAAGAGUCAAUAAGAGGCUCACUGAAGCAUGCUGAAGCAGAAAAACGAGAUUCAGAAGACAAAGAGAAGGCAGCAGUGGUUAUUCAGAGCAAUUACAGGGGUUACAGAAGGAGAGGACAACUCAGAAAAGAAGGGAAGUUACCUUGCAAAAGCCAAGAGAAAACUAUAAAGGAGCCAACAGAAGCAGUACACAUUCAAAAUAAUGAUCCCCAAACAACAAAAGAUAGGGAAAGCACUGUUAUGGAGGCUGAGGACUCUAAGACACUGAAGGGAGGUUCAGAGAAAGAGCCUUGUGAUUUGGCAGCCUUUUCGCGGCAGAUAUCGAAAUUAUCUGAAGACUACUUAGCGUUGCAGCAAAAAUUAAAUGAAAUGAUAUUGUCACAUCAGCUGAGACCUGUGAUGCUGUCCAAAGAUAAGCAAACUAAUGACCAACUUUCUUCUAAUGUUUGUCAGUCAGUUGCAGCUAAAGUUGAAGACUCUCGCCCAAAGCAGAGACCCCCAAGGAGGCCACGGAAGCCCAAGACAUUAAAUAAUCCAGAAGACUCCACCUACUACACUCUAAUACAUAAAUCAAUGCAAGAUGAAAAACGGAAACCAAGAAAAGAAAGUCUGAGCAAAGUGCUAGACUUAGAUGUCUAUUACCAUGAAAUUUCAUCUCCUGAUUGCACCUCAAAGGACAGCAGCUCUGUCACAAAAAAGAAGAGACAUCCAGCUGAGCGCAGGAUUUCAACUUUAAGAGCUACUGAACGGUCAAGGGUUGCCGAAAGCCCCCUGGAAGAGAGUAAACCCGAAGAUAAUCCCUAUGACUACAGAAGACUGCUGCGGAAGACCUCGCAGCGCCGGCGCCUUAUCCAGCAGUUCUAG